AUGGCUUCCGCAGGCCUUACGAGUCCCCGAGACUCUGUCAACUCGGUCUCGAGCGUCCGCUCCGGCAGUCGACACCAGGUCAAGCGAUCCAUCACCGAACUCGCGUCGCCCGUCAAGCUCAACCGCCGAAAGGAGAAAGAACGCGACCGAUACAACGAAGAGCGCGCUUCUCAUGCGCAUCACAUUUCCGUCUCACACCCCCUCUCCCCGAACCCUCUGUAUCAGGGCCGAGCUUCGGUAGACAUCAUGACACGGUCGGAAGGCGUGACGCCCUAUAUGAGCCCCGACCAGAGUCGUCGGCCAAGCUUGAUGUUGUCAAGGGAGGAGGAAGCGAAGGUUGUCAACACGACUGCUCCUACAGAACCCAAGACAAACGAGAAGGUUCAAGAAGACCAGGCCAAAACAUCCUCGCAGGUCGAGGGCCUGAAGCAGUCAUUAGUCGAACUAGGCACUUUCUCUACAUCCACAGCACGACGACUGGACGAGACAUACUACGCCGUUCUUCAGAAGAUGAGCACACUCCAGUCGACUGUUUCCGCACUUAAGGAAUUGGCGGAGGAGUCUCAGAGCAUACAUCGUAAUUUCGAAAAGGAUGCUUGCGAGAUCGAGAACGAUAUCACGUCCCAGAUUGCAGCUAUGGGGCAGUUCAAAGAGCACCAGGACAACAUCGAGUCUCUCCAGACUCGCGUUCAGGAUGGUCGCGCAAGGAUCCGAGCUCUGAGUGACAGAGUCGACAUUGUCCGAGAGCAAGUUGAGCAUUGGGAACGUCUCGACAAGAAGUCUCAGGAAAAGACGCGACUGAGGCUGAGGGCCAUUAUGGUCUGUAUUACAGUCGUGUUCCUGGCGGUGCUCGUACUUUUCUUUGGCGCGCAGUAUGUAUCACGGCACGGUGGGUUUUUGGGCAGCGAUGGCUCAAGUACGCCUCGUGUUGCAGAGUCCAUCAUUGAGUCGCAUAAGGGAGCAGGGCACACAGCACUGCCUCUUCGGAGGUAUGAGAAGGGCGAUUCGCCGUAUCUGAAGAGGAAGCAGGCUCAUGCUCAUACUCAUAGAGGAGAAGAGCUACGUGCUUUUGACGAGCUGUGA